AGGGCUUAGAAUUUCUACAAAGCUGUUCAUAUUUUUUGUAUUCCAUCAAACAUCCCCAACCGCAAAUAUGUCACCUAUCGCGAACCUCCCAGUAGCAAUCCUUUACAACAAAUCAAGAUAUCUCUCACGUCUUAGUAUCUAUCUAGUAUUCGGAAAAUAUACACUCGCGUCAUCAGCACUGUCUGAGAAUAAAGCUCAAUCCACAAACCAUCGCAAGAACAACAGGAUGGAAAUGCUUGUCACUAAUUUCUGUUGGUGUUGAUACCAACUCGCUUAUCAAAACCAACACAACUUCCCCUCCCUCAGCCUCCACUGUGCCUCAAGGAGCCAGCAGACCAACAAAUGAUAUACUCCACACUUAAGGUGACGAGAGUAAUGAAGUGCUUCGACUUUUCCAUCUCAAUCACGAUUCCAAGUUUCCGUCUUGAAACGGAUCGGAACAUCAAGUGUUCGUCUCAACUACAAAUAGAAUGUCAUUCAUCAACAUAGACCUACCAAUAGCCCUCCUCUACCACCAUUCUAAGAUCCUCGAAGGUAUAAGCAUACGCAUGGGAACAGGUACAUUCUCAAGUACGUACCACUCGUCCCCACUGAACCCCUCCAUCCAUAUCAUUCAAAAUUCAACGACGUCUCAUUUAGAAACACCUCCUAUCCCAACUCGCGAUUCAAAACCAUGUCCCUCAUGUCUCUUCGCGCCAAGACAAGAUCUCUGCACGCUCUGCCGACGCAACUGGCUUCAAAGCAUAGAACAACCGAUACCAUACCAGCGGAUGCAGCAUUUGUUUCUAGCGAUCAUGCAUUUUACCUGUGGCUGGGUGAUCCUCAUAGGAAACAUGGUCAAUGAGUGGUGGAGUCCUGGCCCGUUCUUUUCGAAACUCCUGUACCUCAUCUCCCCUCUCCUGCCUCCACCUCUCCUGAGCUCACCACCAUCCUUCCCCUUCACAGUCCUCAUGAAUAUCUUGGGAUGGAUCUCCGCACUCAUCACUUUCCUCACCCUACUCCUGUUCGUUCUAGGCUACAUGCUAGAGUACAGCUGGACGAAAACGCGCCUUCAGGAAGCAAGAGAACGACCUAGAGUGAGGCGAUUCCGGCGGCAGAGAAAUAAGGAUAUCUGUUGUCCUGGAUUAUGUGUGCUGCUGCACAUGGUUGGUCUUGGUGUUCAGAUGUAUGUCACAUUGUUGUGCUGUACAGAGCAGGAGAAUAGACUGGUCAUGCUACCUUGGCAGUUGGGGUGGCAUCACUUGGUAAUGCUUGCAUUUAAGAGGCUGGAGAGGAAAGAAAUCGUGGACUUGGAGAGCGAUGGUGGAGAUAUUGAGGUGGAGGGGGGCUUGGCGAAGGGGGCUUGA